AUGGGAGUAUUUUCGUUACUUUGCUGUUCAGUGGACAGUACCGAUGAAGACAAGAGAUUAGAGCAACAACAACAACUGCAGCAGCAACUGCAACUGCAGCAACAGCGACCACGGACAAGUUCACGGCCCCAGUCUCUGCUGCUGCUGCUGAAACCACUGGGGAACCAAUCUAGUAGCAAAUCUCAACCAAAAGGAACAUCAGCAAACCCAUCUUCUCAGCCAGCAAAAAAUCAUUCACCAUCGGGAAACAAGUCAGUACCCAAUGGCACUCGAAAUUCAGAUAAACCUGCAAGUGAAAUUUCUCCAGCUAAAGCGCAACAUGGCAACGAUAUAUCGCCGACAAAGAAGGAGUUGAUGGACGAUGACGACGACGACCACUCGGUAAACGAGACAGAUACCAUUGCAAACACCAAUGGCGAUUCAGCAAAUAAUACUCCACAUUCAUCCAAUAAUACAAACUCGCAGGAGAAAAACUCUUCUUCUUCUAGCAAGGAAAAGCCUUUAAAUGCAGGCGAUGCCAUUGCACAAGUGAGCCCCGAUGAGCAACCAGCACCUCAGCCUCUGAUUGACCAAGAGGUUGAUACAGAUAUAGAUGACGACUAUGACGAUGACCGAUCGGAAACUUCGACAUUGGAUCUCACCAGAUUGCAAACGGGCCAGGCACACAACGAUGAGACUGGAUAUCUUCUUGGCACGAAAGCUUCAAACAUGAGCAAGAAGAAAUGUCUUAUAUUAGAUCUCGAUGAAACCUUGGUCCAUUCUUCAUUUAAAUACCUUCGAACGGCAGAUUUCGUUAUACCAGUUGAAAUCGAUAAUCAAAUCCACCAUGUUUACGUGAUUAAGCGCCCCGGAGUCGACGAGUUUUUACGCAAAGUGGGCAAAUGGUACGAGGUUGUGGUGUUUACAGCCUCGGUGUCAAAAUAUGGAGAUCCUUUAUUGGAUAAACUUGACAUUUACAACUCGGUCCAUCAUCGUUUAUUCCGUGACUCGUGUUAUAAUUACCAGGGCAACUUUAUCAAGAACUUGUCACAAAUUGGAAGACCAUUAAAAGAUACCAUAAUUAUAGAUAACCUGCCUGCAUCUUAUAUUUUCCACCCUGAUCAUUCGAUACCUAUAAGUUCCUGGUUUAGUGAUCUGCACGAUAAUGAAUUGUUAGAUUUAUUACCAUUUUUAGAAGAUUUGUCAAAGCCCAAUGUUGACAAUGUUGCAUUAGUAUUGGAUAUAUCAUUAUAG